GGCGGCGAUGGGGGCGCUGCUGGCGCUCUGUUUCUUCGUAGGUUUGCUGCGCUGGGGCCCGGUGGGCGCUCAGCAACCUGGGGAAUACUGCCACGGCUGGGUGGACGCACAGGGCAACUAUCACGAGGGGUUCCAGUGCCCCGAGGACUUCGACACGCAGGACGCCACCAUCUGCUGCGGCUCGUGCGCGCUGCGCUACUGCUGCGCUGCAGCCGACGCCAGGUUGGAGCAGGGCGGCUGCACCAACGACCGCGGAGAGCUGGAGCACCCCGGCAUUACUGCGCAGCCUGUCUACGUCCCCUUCCUGAUCGUCGGCUCCAUCUUCAUCGCCUUCAUCAUCUUGGGCUCUUUAGUGGCCAUCUACUGCUGCACCUGUUUGAGGCCCAAGGAGCCCUCCCAGCAACCAAUCCGCUUCUCACUCCGCAGCUAUCAAACAGAGACCUUGCCCAUGAUCCUCACCUCCACCAGCCUCAGAGCCCCUUCCAGGCAGUCCAGCACGGCCACCAGCUCCAGCUCCACAGGAGGCUCUGUCAGAAGGUUCUCCUUUGCCAGGGCCGAGCCAGGCUGCCUGGUACCUUCAUCACCUCCACCUUAUACCACUGGCCACGCCAUACACCUAACCCAGCCAUCUGGUUUCCUGGUGUCACCACAAUAUUUUGCCUACCCUCUCCAGCAGGAGCCCCCGUUACCUGGGAAAAGCUGUCCGGAUUUCAGUUCCAGUUGAUGGGCGGUGAAAUGGUAGCCAGGUGAAUAUUGCUACCCUGGCCAAGCGGUACUCACUUUUGGAGGAAAUUUGUGGUAAGGCAUCAUGAUCAUGGAAGAGUGGUCCAGAAAGAUACAGCACUCUCUGGUCUUGAGGUCCUUGGCUACAGAGGCCUGACUUUGCAAACAUGAUGAACAUUACAACUUACUCAUCUUUUGUCAAAAUAUUCGGCAGUUUGAUGAUCAGUUUGCAAGUUGAAGGAAAAUAUUUUACUGGACAAUUCACCUAUCCUUUGUAGAAAAGUGUCCUGUGUUCCUUUUCCUGUGUUGAUUGAAUUAUAAUACAAAUAUAUACAUAAAUAAGGAAGGUCAUAUGCUUAAUUGUAAUUGUAAAGGUUCACUUAAAAUUUAACUGUUAAGUAAACUUGAGGGACCAGUGAACCACAUAUUUAUAAUUUUGAGAGUGACCUAACCUUAAGUAAUGUUAGUAUGAUGAGAAUAUUUACUUCUUAAAUUAAUAACAAAUUUUGUUUAAAAUGUAAGAGCUUUCUUUUUCCAAAAUACAAGGUUUCAGUAACCACAUAGGAAGAUUAAAGUUUUAAAUACAUACUUAAACAUUUGUUGUAGCACAGACUCUGUGUAAAAUCACUUCCUCUGCCAACCUUGGGGAAUAUUUAUUGCAGACUUUUUGUUCAGCAAUAUUAGCGUUUAAAAUGAAAGUUGGACAAUUGGGUCUUAAAACAUUUAUUUGUAAAAAGAAUUAUAUAUAAACAUGAAGAUUUGUAAUUUAAUUUACUUGCUACAUUGACAGUACUAAUUAUUUAGAAGUCACACUGUAACUUUUGUGGAAGUCAAAGGCCAUCUGUUAGUGGAACCAUUGAGAAAUCCACAUUUUAUGUGUGGCUGUGUAUGAUGUCUGGUGAGUACACAUAUGGGCCAGGCUAGGAAAAAUAAACUUCUCUGGUUUCCCGAACCCUA